CGCAAGCAAAGGCGAGAAAUGCUACUCGCACCACCAGCCAAACCCCCCGCACCCAUCUCUCUCACUCUCUCUCUCCUCUCCCGCUAGCAUUCGUGCUUGCCUCCUCCUCCUCCUCCCUCUCUACCUCCUCCACACCCAAAUCCCAAACCCUAGCGCAGCGCCGCGCCGCGCCGCCGCAGAUCCCCCUGGCCGCGGCGGGGGGACAAUCGCGCGCGGCGCCAUGCGGAUCCGCAAGUGCGCGUCCCGCCUCCUCGGCUCCUCCUACUCCGCGCCCGAGCCCCCCGCUCCCGCGCCGCGCCCCGGAUUCGACCUCGAGCUCCUCCCGCUCCCGCUGACGACGCCGCCGCCUCCGCCGCUCCCGUACCCCGGGGGCCACGAAUCCGGCGUGGGGCCCGCCUGCUUCGCGGCCGCCACCGCCUCCGGGGAGCCCUGCGAGCUCAGCCGCUCGCCUUGGGACCUUAUCGGCGAGCUCGACAUCUCCGAUCCCCAGGAGGAGGACGUCGUGGAGAAGUAUUUCGUCCAUGUUGCUAGCCGGGCUAACUGGCUCUUCCCGACCAGCAUGCCUGCCUCCGUCAAGGCGGAGGGGGUAGCUGCGGCCGGCGAGUUCAGCACCAAGCCGCCGAAGAAGUUUGCGAAGAAGACGGUGAAGAAGGCGGCGCCGGCGAAGAAGAAAGAUGCGGUGGCGAAGGAGGAGAGCGAACCUACGAAGAAACCAAAGGUUAAGAAGGAGGAGGGUGACUCCAAUUCCGCCGCCGCCGCCACUCCCAUCGCCGGAGGAGCAGAAGUCUGGACGUGCAAGAAGAACGACGGCAAGAGGUGGCACUGCCAGCGGCGGGUGAGCCAGCCCAACUCCCUCUGCGACUACCACUCCGACCAGAAGCGCGCCUACUACAACCCUCUCUACGAGAGCCCCACCGACGAGUCUGCCCCAGCGGCGCCGCCGGAUCCCCGGUCGUCCGCGGCGCCGCCGUCAUCCUCCAAGCCCUCCGCCAGCUCGAAGCCAUCCGCCACCUCUAAGGCACGGAAGAAGAAGGUGACAGAUGCUAGCGAGGGGUUCUACUACUACACAGGGUUCGGCCCAUUCCGCACCAAGAGGCAUUGCAGAACCAGCAGCAACAUGCAGCCGCAGGAAUCUACACCGGUGGAACAGCACGAGGAAGAAAAGCAGCCGGAGAAUAAUGCUGAUCCCAGUGCAGGUAAUAAAUCCCGGAGUAGUGAUGAUGCUGCUGCUCAUCAGGCGCCGGCGACUGUGGCGGCAGCUCGGGACGACCUGUCCAGCUCCGACGACAACGACAUAGCCGGCAUAGCUGGAGGCGACGAGGAGAGCAGCGACGACGCGCGCAUCGGCACCGGCAACGGCGGAUUCCGAGCCGGUAUCAACGGCGACGCCAAGAAGAGGUGCCCGGCGAGGAAGAGGUGGAGGAAGCCUGUGAAGGCUCGGUCGCUCAAAUCCUUGAUGUGAGCUUACGUGCUAGAGCAAGAAUGUAGAAGAUACUAGCUAGGCUCGGGUUUAGCUUAGCUUAGGUUGUUUGCCCAUGCUAUACAAACUGUUUGGCACCGUGUGUUUGUAGCUUUUUUUGUUGCUCCAAUGCCUUAAUUAUGUUACUGAUCGUUGAGGUUCCGACUGAGAUGCAGGAAUUUUCCUCGUUUUUCU